UUUCAGAAGGAAAUUUUAUUGUUUAGGACAAUGCUCUAGGCAAACCCAAGACUGGGUCUCAGAUGUCAAAAUACAGACAACCAAACAGUUCUGCUAGGUGCUACCUGGUACACCAAACACAAGUUGCAUCUUUACAUGAAUUAAAAAUUUGGGCAUUGACCAAACCCCCAAAAGCUAACUUCAUCCCCUUUUCCCCAUCUUGAUCAAACCCUUUCUUUUCCUCCGUGAAUUUUGUUGCAGACCCCACCUAUUUUGGCCCUUGUUGUUGCCUCUGGUGUAGCAGUCCUCGGGUGGGAAAGCACUUAUGAAGAAAACAGUAUUUUUUGCCUUCAUUUCUCCAACAAGGAGAAGAUUUUGAAGUAUAGUCUAGCAUAUAGAGACGGACACAGAGAGAGAUGUCAUUCCUCGAACCGGUGCGGGGCUUGGCAUGGGAAAUUGUUGCCGGAACCGUUGUGGCUUACGCCGUUCCUUGGUUAUCCGAGUUUGUGCAGCAGAAAGUUCCCCCGUUGUGGCAGAGAUAUUGGCCUGUUAUUUAUCAGAGCAUUCUCUGUCCGGCAUACCAAUUCAUUUCAGAUAGCUGGAGGAGAUUCAGGCAUGAUGAUUCCUCUACAGUUUCUGUGCCCGAAUCUCCUCCUAGAGUGACGACGCCCGUUGAUCAGAACACCCUUGAUCAGGCACCAGACCCUGUUUCGCUUGGCAUUACCAACGUCUCAAAGGAUCUUCCAUCUGAUCAUGAAGAUAUAACUGCGAGCUCUGUCUCUGAACCGCAUUCUCCCCUUGAUGGAGGAGGAGCAAUGAAAAGCAACAUUGUAGCUCAGGCAUCCGACCCCAUUUUAAAUCCCACUAGUAGUAUAUCAUCAAAUCACAAGGAUAUGAAUGGUAUAGCUACCUCUGAAUAUGCUACUCUAAUUGAAGGAGGGACAACACAAUUUGAUCAGAACAUCCUUGGUCGGGCAUUGGAACCCAUUUUAGAUUCAACCAGCAACCUACCGUCUGAUCUUGAGAACGUUACUGAGAGAGCUGCCACUGAAUCUGAUACACUAAGUGGAAGAGGGACACAACCCCAUGAUCAGAACAUCCUCGGCCGGUCACCGGACCCCGUUUUAAAUCCUUCUACCAUCAUAUCCUCUGAUAAUGAGGAUAUCACUGGGAUAUCUACCUCCGAAUCUCCUACUCGAAGUGAAGGAGGGACACCAGCAUCUGCAGAUAUAGAUUUUUUCAGGGAAUAUUGCGAGGGGAGGAGGUAUACAAUACAGGAAGUAAUUGGCAAAGGAAGCCAUGGUGUUGUCUGGUCCGCGUAUGAUACUCAGCACCGGGAAAAAGUUGCAAUCAAGAAGAUUAGUGAUGUCUUUAGACACGUAUCUGAUGCCACACGCAUUCUUCGUGAGAUCAAGCUUCUUAGGAUCCUCCGUCACGAUGACAUUUUGAAGAUCAAGCAUAUCUUAUUGCCUCCUUCCAGAGGGGACUUCAAAGAUAUAUACAUUGUUUUCGAACUCACAGAAUGUGAUUUGCGCAGUGUUAUAAAAGCAAAUAAUGGUUUGAAACCUGAACAUUGUCGGUACUUUCUGUAUCAACUUCUAAGAGGGUUGAAGUACAUACACACAGCUAAUGUCUUUCACCGAGAUCUAAACCCAAGAAACAUCUUAACAAUUGCUGACUGCAAGAUCAAGAUACGGCACUUUAGUCAUGCCUUUGUUGAUAACCCUACUGCUAUGUUUUGGACAGACUAUGUUGCAACAAGAUGGUACAAGGCUCCUGAAUUGUGUGGACAGUUUUUCUCUAAGUACUCUGCUGCGAUCGAUAUAUGGAGCAUUGGCUGCAUAUUUGCAGAACUUUUAACUGGAAAGCCUCUAUUUCCUGGGGAAAAUCCUGUCCAUCAAUUGGACUUAAUAACCGAUCUGUUGGGCACACCAUCUCCAGAAUCCAUUGCCAAGAUAAAGAAUGAGAAAGCUCAUGCGAGCUUAACCAGCAUGCGGAAGAAAAGGCCUAUUCCUUUCCCCCAAAAGUUUCCAAAUGCAGAUCCACUUGCACUUGUGUUACUGAAAAGAAUGUUAGCCUUUGAUCCCGAGGAUCGACCGUCUGCUGAAGAGGCUCUUGCAGAUCCAUAUUUCAAGGAAUUGGCAAGGCUUGAGAGUGAGCCGUCUGCUCAACCAGUUACGGAGGCUGACUUUGCAUUUGAAAGAUUAAACGUGACCAAGGAACACAUACGAGAACUAAUAUACCUGGAGAUUCUUCAAUACCAUCCAAAGUUGUUGAAGAAGGAGCACAUAGAGAUACCAGAAUCCAAUGGAUGCCAGUCUUUUUCAAGGAGGAGGAGGAUGUUAGCUAAAGUGGCAAGUAUAGCACCAAUGAAGUUACUCCAUCACCCGCACCCUCACCUUCAUCCUCACCCUAGCUGAAGCCUCGCUAUGUUUUAACUUUGCACAGUGCCUCAUCACUUUUGAUGAGGUAUUUUUCUUUAGCUACGUAAUUUUUGUUUGUUUUUUAUUGUAUUUUUUUUUCCGUUAACACAACGCGGUCUGCAAACAAGGGCUGUAAUUUUUGCGCAUUCAUGUGCUCAAGUGGACUCUGGUUUAUAUGCGGCUCAGGGUGCCCCACCAUCGCACACCACAUGUAUUUAGUUAAUUGAAAUACUUAAGAAAAAGGAGUAUAUAGACUACAAAGCGAAUAUUUUGGAAGUCACAUGGUUAAAAUA